ACAGAAUUUGCUUCCGCUUUCUGUGUGUACGGCAGCACAACAAUCCAAGGUGCAGCGGAGGAUUUGAACAUGGUUGUGGCAUUUGGAACUGAGUACUACAAGCUGUGAGGACGUCUGUCAAGCACAGCAUUUAUUAAAAGUGUAGCCAGUUAUGUUAUGGAGACGACUCCGAGUCAGGUGAAUGAGUUCUACAGGAGGAAGAGGCAGAAAGAAAAAGGGAAUAGCCGAAACGGGGCCCUCGCCCGACGGCGACACCUGCAAUCAGGUGCCGCCUCAUAAGCGGAAACUGUACUACCUUUCAGCCCCAGUACUGGCGUUCAUUAAUUUUGUAAGAAUCUUAGCUUUGAAUUUUGGGGGAGUCUUCGUCUGGCUUUUUAAGCGGAUACCCCAUGCUAUGGCGGCAAGACCGAAACGACUAGAGGAUCAGAGUUCCAAGGAGCACGAUGUCACCAGUGAGCAAAUUCGAAAUUACCACAAACAAGCUUUCGAAUACAUCUCAGUUGCACUCAAAAUAGACGAAGAUGAAAAAGGCCCUAAGGAACAAGCAGUCCAGUGGUACAAGAAGGGCAUCGCGGAGCUUGAGAAGGGGAUCGCCAUUGAGGUGACAGGAAAUGGGGAGAAGGCCGAGAAAUCCCGCCGUCUGCAGACCAAGAUGAACACCAACCUCCUCAUGUCCAGGGACCGCUGGAGCUUCUGGCCACGCUGCGCUCAGGGCCUUCUCAGGGAGACCUGUACACUGACAACCUCAACCAGCCCUACCCUAACGGCCAUCUUCACUCAGUCCCUGGGGCUGUACCCAAGAAGAGGGAGCCCAUGGCCCAGCCCAGCAGCCACGCCCAGCCUCGGCCCAAAGCCCAGCCCAGGAGCCAGCUCGGCGGCGGCGGCGGGGGCUUCUCCGGGGGCCAGCGGCCCCCGACAGGCCUCCAAUACUGCCAGCAACCACCGGGGGGCCGCAGGGAAGUCCGGUAACCGUGGAAACGGAAAACCGACCACGCCCACGUCGACACCGGCGAGGAAGCGAGACAUGAAGAACUUCAAAAAUGUGGACAGCAAGCUGGCCAGCCUCAUCAUGAACGACAUUGUGGACAGUGGCUCCUCGGUGAAGUUUGAUGAUGUGGCUGGGCAGGACUUGGCCAAGCAGGCCCUGCAGGAGAUCGUCAUCCUCCCAGCACUGCGGCCAGAGUUGUUUACAGGUCUCAGGGCGCCAGCUAGAGGCCUCCUCCUCUUUGGACCUCCUGGCAACGGCAAGACCAUGCUGGCCAAAGCAGUUGCCAUGGAAUCAAACGCGACCUUUUUCAACAUUAGUGCUGCAAGCCUUACCUCAAAAUACGUAGGAGAAGGAGAGAAGCUGGUUAGAGCUCUGUUUGCUGUGGCCAGGGAACUACAGCCAUCAAUUAUCUUCAUUGAUGAGAUUGACAGUCUGCUGUGUGAGAGGAGAGAGGGCGAGCACGACGCCAGCAGGCGCCUCAAAACGGAGUUCCUCAUCGAGUUUGAUGGGGUGCAGUCGAGUGGGGAUGAUCGGGUGCUGGUGAUGGGGGCCACUAACCGGCCUCAGGAGCUGGAUGAGGCUGUUCUCAGGCGAUUCGCCAAGCGCAUCUACGUGGCGUUACCAACUGAAGAGACACGGCUGAAACUGUUGAAGAAUCUUCUCGGGAAACAUGGCCACCCGCUCACCCAGAAGGAGCUGUCCCAACUCGCCAGAUUGACCGACGGCUACUCAGGAAGUGACCUGACGUCACUAGCUAAAGAUGCUGCCCUUGGGCCUAUUCGAGAGCUACGACCAGAUGAAGUGAGAAACAUGUCUGCAAACGAGAUGCGGAACAUCUGCUACAGAGACUUUGUGGAGUCCCUGAAGAGGAUCAAGCACAGCGUGAGCCCACAGACCCUGGAGCAGUACGUACGCUGGAACCAGGAGUACGGGGACACCACCGCCGUCUGACCCUCUGACCCUGCUGAUGUGUGCCCUUACCCCUAGGGGGCAGCGUGAUGGAGAGACGGAGACCGGCAGGAGAGAAAGAUAGAGAGAGAGAGAGAAUGCUUUGUUUAAAAAAAAAAACAAUCAAAACGUGGUAGGUGGAAGGAAAACAAAAAGGAGAAAGAAGGAGAGAAAGAGAGAGGGAGGUGGUUUGGACUUUUUCAAACAUUUAACAGCUUAUUCCAAAAUGUACUCCAGUUGAACACACACACACACACACACACACACACACACACAAACAAACAUAGCACACAGAAAUAUGUUUUAUUGUGAAUAAUAUUUAUAACUGUUCACUGUUAAAGCUGAACCUACCCUUC